GUUAUCGCCCGUUAUUAUGACUUUUUAUUUUUAGAAAAUGCACUUUCGCUUUAACCAAUUCUACAUUUUUGUUACAUUUAUUAUUAGAUAACAAUUAUACAGGAUCACUUCAACGAAAAUGGAGGCAAUGACAGUAGAAUGUGGAAUCUGCUUUGCUGAUAAGGUUGUAGGGAUUUGCGAAAACUGUGAGUGCAAACUGUGUGAUACAUGUUUUAGGAAUCAUACGAGAGCAAAAAUGUUCCGUACCCAUAUUAUAUUCCCAAUUGAAGACGUAAAUAAAAAAACUAUAAUUUCGAAUUUUAAAACUGAAAUAACAACUGGUACAGGAUUGAAAUCGCCAGUCGAUUCUGAUAUUCAUAAGCAGACGUGUAAAGACCACUCUGAUGAAAACCAGUCGCUUUAUUGCGUGAAACAUGAUGCCUGUAUUUGUGGGCGUUGCGUUAUUUCAAAUCAUGCAUCUUGUCUUGACUCAGUGGUUGAUUUGAACAAUAUCCUGCAUGACGCAGAGAACAUGAAUAAACGUUUGUCUACAUUGCAAGAGUUGGACGAUGAAAUCGAUCGCACUAUGGUAACCAUAGACGAAAACCGACGAAUGAAUGAUACAUUUAGAUCAAGCUCUGCGAAGGAGAUCAAUAAACUUCACAUAGAGUUAGUUGAUCAAUUAAAGUUAUUGAUAACGAAAGCAGAAAAAGAAAGUGAUGAAUUACACAAACAAAAUGCGGACAUUCUGGAUGAAACGGAACUUAAAUGUAAGGAGCAAAAACUAGUUUUACGGAUGCAAAAGGAACUUUUAGAUGAGUUACAAAAUAAAAAGCAUUAUCGCCAUUUAUUUGUAGCACUUAAGAGAAAUAUAAAGACUAUCGAUUUUGUAAAAGACAACAAUGCAAGGUGUAGACAGGAAACCAAUAUUAAGGAAUAUGAGUUCGUUCGUAACCUAAAAUUAGUGGAACUUUUCAAGGACGAUCAGAAAAUAGGAACUUUUACGACUGCUUGCGACGGAAGUGAUGAAGUAAUAGAACAUAUUUACCAGAUUCCAGGCAAAGCCAAUGCUACAGCUCCAAGUCUCCAAUUCUCAAUGCAGCCUGGCCACCCCCAACACAACCAGUACAGCAUGCACCGUCCUCCACUGAGGCCACAUGGCAUGCCGGCUUUGGGCGCAAACAGCCAGCCUUUAUAUAACUAUAGCAAUCCUUGCUCACAAAUGCGUCCACGAUUCAGUGCCCCAAGCAAUCAGAUGAACAUUCCACAAGCCCAGAUGUACCAACAGCAUGUCACUUUAUUAAACGCAAACGCGGUGCCAUUCCAAAUGACUCAGCAGAUGCCGGGACCGACGAACCCCGGUGCUAUUCCCACAAACCAGUCCAGUAUGUACCUCGCACACGUACCUUAUCAGGCCCACAACCCAGCUGUGUACUUCUCAAAGCCGCAGAAACCAAAUACACCUCCAACUACACAGGGUCUGGAGCUCACAAAGGGAUAUGACUUUGUCUCAUCCAACUCGACCACUGGGCUGCCAGUCCCCCAGAUUUCGGAGAAACUUCACGAGCUUAUCGUAGAGAAGCGAAUCAAUAAUGAGGUAGUGGUUGAGUGGAUAGACCUCAACGUCCAAGAAUCAGCAAUAAAGUCGAAGACGUUCAUCCGCGGUCUUAUGACUGCAGUGUGUACUAGCUCAAUUAAAGGUCAGAAAGGCAAGGAGAGGUUGGACCCAAAGGAUUUGAGCGCCCGUAGUGACCUUCUGCAGAAGUACUUUGGCCAUCAACCAGAGUCUGAACUGCAGGCCUUGUAUGCGCUGCAGUUGCUUAUCACACAACUCAAAAACCCACAAGGUCUACUACGAAGCUUUUUCGAUAUUCUUUACGACGACGACGUAAUUUCGGAAGACGCGUUCCUGCAAUGGGAGAAGAGUGAAGAGGAACAAGAGGGGAAGGGGACCGCCCUUAAACAAGUCUUGCAGUUUUUUAAAUGGCUCCGGGAUGCGGAGGACGACGGCUAAGACUUAAUCUGUACUAUAACAGCAAAUUAAUGUUACUAUUUACAAAUUACCAAAACAUUGCUAUAGGUUAUAUUGUUUCUUGGAAUAUGACGAGAGCUAAACAUCCUACUUUUAACAUCUGAUGAUAGGAAUUUUUGGCUUUCAGAGAAUUAUGUUUGUGAGAUUUUUAUAAUGUGUAUUGGUGUUACAUAUAUCAUGUUCCUUGAGAUGCUCGGAGAAUGUGCUUAAAAAGCUGUCUGAAUGUUUUUACUCCGAAUGGAUUGUAAUUAACAUGGGUGUUAUCUGGUAUUAUCUGUUAAUCUGUUAAUUGUAAGUUUGCCUAAAAAAAUACAUUAUGUAUUACAGUUUUGUUUGUCAGUGUAAACGUUAAGUUAUUUUAAGCAAUGAAGAUAUAGGCUCUUAAACUCUUAAACUAUAAGUUUUUAUGUCUGUAUUGUUUGAUUGAAUUAGUGAUGUAUUUAUCACAGCGAGCAAAUAAUCAUUCAUUCUGACAUUUGAUUUGUAAAAAUGAAACAAAAUAAUGGAAAGGUAAUUCUUGCACUUUGAAUCAUUAAAUAGUUUUUUUUUCUGCAUAGAAAUAGUGUCGAUCAAUUGCCAUUAUUUUACGAAAAUAUAAUUUUAAUAGUCGCUAGUUGGCCUUUACCACCGAGUAAAUCCUUUGUUUUACCUUAUCAGAAUUAUGCAUACAAUGCUCUUUAUGAUCAUGACAAUUGCGACAUGUCGAAAAGUGUGUUUGCUGCAGAAGGAAAAUAGGCUCCGAAUCUAGGAUCUGUGCAACCUUUAUCAGCUUCAGUGAUUAUCAAUGACGAAAGUGCGUUUUCUUAAGAUUUUGCUGACAGUGAAGAUGAAGCGUCUUAUUUGAAUUGUGGAAAUGUUAAUCUGCAAAUUGUUUCCUCCUUAUUGAUUUUACCUUUCACUUUAAAUGUGUCUUGGGACAGUGUUUUUUAAGCACUGAGUGCAGUUGAGUUGAUCCUUUGUUAUACAGGCUAUCCAAACAUACUUAUGAUAGUAAACAUUAAUGUGCUAUAAAUGAAACCUGUUCAAUUGUAUACCUAGGGGCUAUGUUGAUUAUAUUGUCAUGCGUAUAGUGUAUAUUUAUUUUUUUUCUGGAUAUAUGAUGUUGUUUGCAUAAUUCAUAAGGAUUCUUAAGAUAUAAAACGUGUAUUUCAAAGUAGAAAAUAUGUCAUCACCUGAUUUCCGAAAUUUGGAAUUAAAUUUUGCAAUCCUUUUUUGAGGCUCCAGAGUUAUAUGUUUAAUGUAUGCACCAACUUGUUAUUUAUUGGUGAUUUGUUUUCAAACAUUGUUUUUUAAUUUCGUGUGAUGUUCACAGCUGAUUGGAUAAAAAAAGGACAUCAGAAUGAACGUAUUAAACUAUACAUGUAAGUUUUACAACUAAUUGAUUAUUAGAGAAACACAUUUAGACUGUGUAGAUAUGUGGCAAACAAGGUUGAAUUUUGUCUUACAAUGUGUGCUAUGCUUAGUUUAGGACGUUUCUUCAACGCUCAGGCUCAUGAGUACGUUACUUUUUAUGCAUAUGUAUCAGAUCGAGAAAUUAGUACAUUUGAUAGGCUGGCGUUGUUUCCAUAAAUACACAAAUAAUACAAAGAGGUGACAAUUGCUCGGAAGUAUGUGUUACAAAAAUCCAUAGUAACGAAAUGAUAAGCUUUGGAAUUAUUGCAGAUGCAUGUGAAGGUAGCGAUAAAACUCCUGACCAAAAUAACUAUAUAAGCAUGUUUUUGUUUACCUUGUUGUGUUAGAAUUUGUAUAUGUGUACAUAUGUGUAGAACAUACAUCAUCACUGACUCAUAUGGAAAUGAAUUAUUUGCCUUUA